GUAUACAUAUGUAACCUGCACGUUGUGCAUAUGUACCCUAGAACUUACAUAUAAAAAAAAAUCUUGUUGGUUUUAUGUUCUCCGAAGUUUAAUUAGUUCUGCUAUACUCACUGGAGUUUGGCUUUCAUCUCGCCUUUCUGCAUUUCCAAAAUAGGGCCAUCUUCAUUUUAAAAAAUGCUUUCAAUUAUGGAAGCCUAAGUAUUGUUACCCCAAUGUGCCUACUUACUAUCCAAACCUGAAAAACGUUAGGUUUCACUGUAUUCAUUUAAAAUCCAGUUUGGGAAGAUGUAAUCACCAGUGUUGACACACUCAUGAGUGUUUAGUGAUAUUAAGAUGAGGUUGAAUAGGGCCCAGAACUCGAAGAAAUCGUCAAGGGAACAUCAUCGUGAUUAAGACCAGACUCAAGUAGAUGUUACCGUGACUCACAUCACUUACUAGCUCUGCCGUACUGGACUACUUAGGAAACUUCUUGUGCCUCCGUUUUAUAACUAAGUGAAAUAAGGAAAGAAUUUGAAAUCAUGCCCAGCACAAAAUUGAGCAGUCAAUAAAUUGACAUUUUUCAUGUAUUUAAAGUUACAGAAUGUCAGGUAUAUUUUUAAAGCGUUAUCUAAUGCAGUUCAGAAAUUUUAAAGACGCUUCAGACUUUCACAAAAGGUGGAGUGACUUGCCCAAGGCCACAAAACGAACUGACAAUAGUUGUACCAUACAGGUUUCUUGAAUCCCAGAUCACUCUUAUUUUUGUGAAAAAUAUGGUGCUAUGGCACCAUAUUCUCAUUGCCUGUGGCUUGAGUAACUGAAGACAUUUUCACACCACAUGAAAGAUAUUUAGCAUGCUGCAUUGAUUCCUUAUCAGAUUAAAUCUUUGCUUUUAAAGAGAAUUGAUUUUUAGCCCAUAGCGGUUCUUGAAAGUUAAACACUCCAAGAUGAAGCUGCCCUUUCCCAUCAAAGGUUAGACACCCUAAAUCCAGAAAAAUCUUCAACGUUUAGGAGACCUGUUCACAGGUAGCUCUAGGUUCCAGUGAAGUGGCUGCAGCACAGCCUUCAGCAUCACUUGCCUCCUCUUCUGCUUGCAAGCUUGGUGGUGGACCUAGCGCGUCUCUGGUUGCUACGGCGAUUCCCUGGCAGGCGUCAUCCGUCGCUAUGGCGCUCUGCACUGCGCAGCAUGGCUGCUCCCGAUUGGCUGAGGGGCCCCAGGAGGCGGAGGAAGAAUUGUCGGCAUUGGCCUGACCAGCGCCGGUUGGUGGCCUGGAGGAGGAUUUGAUUGGAAAACCAACGGCGCUGCUGGCCGCGGUGUACUCGAGGUUGAGGGGACCGCGAGUAGGCUGCGGGGAGGACGGGACGGGCUAAGACUGGACGGGACCCCUGGUCUGCAGCAGCAGGUGACAGCAGCAGGGACAAUGAGAAGGAGAUUGGCCUGAAGGAGGGACCGUCCCUCCGGUGCGAGACAGGAUCUUGUGCUGUUGCUCAGGCUGGAAUGCAGUAACACCAUGAGGGCCCACUGCAGUCUCAACAUCCUGGGCUCAAGCAAUCCUCCUGCCUCAGCUUCUUGAAGCUUGCACUACAGGAAUGCGAUGUUAAUUCUGGGGCGUUGAUGUUUUACAAUGCCUGAUCAAGACAAAAAGGUGAAGACCACAGAAAAAUCAACUGAUAAAAAGCAGCAAGAAAUCACCACCAGGGACUAUUCAGAUCUCAAAAGACUUCGGUGCCUUUUGAACGUCCAAUCAAGCAAACAACAGCUUCCAGCCAUUAACUUCAAUAGUGCCCAAAAUAGCAUGACGAAGUCUGAGCCCGCCAUCAGGGCGGGUGGACACAGAGCUCGGGGUCAGUGGCAUGAGUCCACAGAAGCUGUUGAACUUGAAAAUUUUAGUAUAAACUACAAGAAUGAGAGAAAUUUCAGCAAACAUCCUCAGCAUAAACUAUUUCAGGAGAUCUUUACCGCCUUGGUGAAAAAUAGACUCAUAUGCAGAGAGUGGGUUAAUCGAGCCCCAUCUAUUCAUUUUCUGAGAGUGUUAAUCUGUCUGAGGCUACUAAUGAGGGAUCCAUGUUAUCAGGAAAUCCUCCAUGGCUUGGGUGGGAUUGAAAACCUAGCUCAGUACAUGGAGAUUGUAGCCAGUGAGUACCUCAGCUAUGGAGAAGAGCAGCACACUGUGGACAAGCUGGUCAACAUGACAUAUAUCUUUCAAAAACUUGCUGCAGUCAAAGAUCAAAGAGAAUGGGUCACCACAAGUGGAGCCCACAAGACAUUAGUAAAUUUACUUGGUGCCCGAGAUACUAAUGUUCUAUUGGGUUCCCUUCUGGCUCUGGCUAGUUUAGCAGAAAGUCCAGAAUGUAGGGAGAAGAUAAGUGAACUCAACAUUGUAGAGAAUCUGUUGAUGAUUUUACAUGAAUAUGACUUGCUUUCUAAAAGACUAACAGCGGAGCUGCUGCGCCUACUUUGUGCAGAGCCCCAGGUGAAAGAGCAGGUGAAGCUCUACGAGGGGAUACCUGUCCUCCUUAGUCUGCUCCACUCUGACCACCUGAAGCUGCUCUGGAGCGUUGUCUGGAUUCUGGUACAGGUUUGUGAGGACCCUGAGACCAGCGUGGAAAUUCGCAUUUGGGGAGGCAUCAAACAGCUUCUUCAUAUUUUACGAGGAGACAGAAAUUUUGUUUCCGAUCGCUCCUCCAUCGGAAGCCUGUCCAGUGCAAAUGCUGCAGGCCGAAUUCAGCAGCUUCAUUUAUCAGAAGACUUGAGCCCUAGGGAAAUACAAGAAAAUACUUUCUCUCUUCAAGCAGCCUGCUGUGCUGCCCUCACUGAGCUGGUGCUCAGUGACACCAAUGCCCACCAGGUGGUUCAGGAAAAUGGUGUAUAUACAAUAGCAAAAUUAAUUUUACCAAAUAAGCAAAAGAAUGCAGCAAAAACUAAUCUAUUACAGUGUUAUGCUUUCAGAGCCUUGAGAUUUCUCUUCAGCAUGGAAAGAAACAGACCACUCUUUAAAAGACUUUUCCCCACAGACUUGUUUGAGAUCUUCAUUGACAUAGGACAUUAUGUACGUGAUAUCAGUGCUUAUGAAGAAUUGGUAUCCAAGUUGAAUUUAUUAGUGGAGGAUGAACUGAAGCAAAUUGCUGAAAAUAUUGAAAGCAUUAAUCAGAACAAAGCUCCUUCGAAAUAUAUAGGCAACUAUGCGAUUUUGGAUCAUCUUGGAAGUGGAGCUUUUGGCUGUGUUUACAAGGUUAGAAAGCGUAGUGGUCAAAAUCUUUUAGCAAUGAAAGAGGUCAAUUUACAUAACCCAGCAUUUGGAAAGGAUAAGAAAGAUCGAGACAGCAGCGUAAGGAAUAUUGUUUCUGAAUUAACAAUAGUUAAAGAGCAGCUUUAUCAUCCUAACGUUGUACGUUAUUACAAAACAUUUCUGGAAAAUGAUAGAUUGUACAUAGUUAUGGAGCUUAUAGAAGGAGCCCCGCUUGGAGAGCAUUUCAGUUCUUUGAAGGAAAAACAUCACCAUUUUACUGAAGAAAGACUAUGGAAAAUAUUUAUACAGCUGUGCUUAGCUCUUCGAUACUUACACAAGGAGAAGAGGAUUGUCCAUAGAGAUCUGACACCAAACAACAUUAUGUUGGGGGAUAAGGACAAAGUAACAGUUACUGACUUUGGCCUGGCAAAGCAAAAACAAGAAAACAGUAAACUCACGUCUGUUGUUGGAACAAUCCUGUAUUCUUGCCCUGAGGUACUGAAGAGUGAGCCGUAUGGGGAGAAGGCUGAUGUCUGGGCAGCAGGCUGCAUCCUUUAUCAGAUGGCGACUUUGAAUCCCCCCUUCUACAGCACUAACAUGCUGUCCUUGGCUACAAAAAUAGUGGAGGCGGUAUAUGAACCAGUGCCAGAAGGUAUCUACUCUGAAAAAGUAACAGACACCAUCAGCAGGUGCCUCACUCCUGAUGCAGAAGCUCGUCCAGAUAUUGUACAAGUCAGUUCGAUGAUAUCAGAUGUCAUGAUGAAAUAUUUAGACAACUUAUCUACAUCCCAGUUGUCCUUGGAGAAGAAGCUAGAACGGGAACGAAGACGCACACAAAGGUAUUUUAUGGAAGCCAACCGGAACGCCGUCACAUGUCACCAUGAGCUGGCUCUUCUAUCUCACGAGACCUUUGAGAAGGCAAGCUUGAGUAGCAGCAGCAGUGGGGCAGCCAGCCUGAAAAGUGAACUUUCAGAAAGUGCAGACCUGCCCCCCGAAGGCUUCCAGGCCUCCUAUGGUAAAGACGAAGACAGGGCCUGUGACGAAAUCCUGUCAGAUGAUAACUUCAACCUGGAAAAUACUGAGAAAGAUAUAUAUUCAGAGCUAGAUGAUGAAUUGGACAUUUCGGAUAACUCCAGCAGCUCCAGUUCAAGCCCUCUGAAAGAAUCUACAUUCAACAUUUUAAAGAGAAGUUUUAGUGCUUCAGGAGGAGAAAGACAGUCCCAAACAAGGGACUUCACUGGAGGAACAGGAUCAAGACCAAGACCAGCUUUGCUGCCUCUUGACCUGCUUCUGAAAGUGCCACCCCUCAUGCUCAGGGCCCACAUUAAGGAACUAGAGGCCGAGUUAGUGACAGGGUGGCAGUCUCAUAGCCUUCCUGCUGUGAUUCUUCGAAAUCUCAAAGAUCAUGGGCCACAGAUGGGCACAUUCUUGUGGCAAGCAUCAGCAGGAAUUGCUGUGUCCCAGAGGAAAGUACGUCAGAUCAGCGAUCCUAUUCAGCAGAUAUUAAUUCAGCUGCACAAAAUAAUCUAUAUCACACAGCUCCCUCCAGCUUUGCACCACAAUUUGAAAAGAAGGAUUAUAGAGAGAUUCAAGAAAUCCCUCUUCAGCCAGCAGAGUAACCCUUGUCAUUUGAAAUCUGAAAUUAAAAAGUUAUCUCAGGGAUCUCCAGAACCAAUUGAGCCCAACUUUUUCACAGCAGAUUACCAUUUAUUACAUCAUUCAUCCAGUGGAAACAGCCUGUCCCCAAAUGACCCAACAGGCUUACCAACCAGCUUUGAACUGGAGGAAGGAAUAACAUAUGAACAGAUGCAGACUGUGAUUGAAGAAGUCCUUGAGGAAAGUGGCUAUUACAAUUUUACAUCUAACAGGUAUCAUUCCUAUCCAUGGGGGACCAAGAAUCACCCAACCAAAAGAUGAAAAUGCUGCAUUUUGAGUGGACUUGGUUUUCUCAGUGAAGUUCAAGUUCUGGACUUCAGCCACUAUUGCAAGAUGCCCAAGGAUUGGGUGCUGCUGGAGGGUGUGGAAAAGACCAAGAUGCCGUGGGGCCUGCAGGACUUCUUUCUGGGGGUCCUGUGCUGGAGUAUAUGACAGCUGCAGUGCCUGAGGGCUUCAUUGCCAGAACGCAUUAUAUACAGGAUGUCAGAGCUGUCAGUGUGCUGCUGGGAGGAAAUGUUGCAAAAUUCAUCUUUGUGGGGGGAAAACCCAAAAACAACAACAACAAAAAACGCUCUUACAGAAUUUUCCUCAACAUUAAAAAAAAACUUGUCAUAUUUUUCAAAGGCA